AUGAUUGCGUUACUGGUAGCGUUCCUAGCAGUGACAAGGUUAUGUCUCGCGCAUGGCUCACACGAAAAUAUUGGUGAUGUGAAGGACUGGGCUACAAGGCAUAUGCUAGAGGAACACCACAUCUCAAACUUUGACCCAGGCUCCUUUUUUUUGCUUCACGACUAUGACAACUCGGGGGUAUGGACAGUGGAGGAAGUCCGCAGGACCUAUGGACUUGAUGACAACUCCAAUGCCAGCAUAACAGAAGAACGCAAACAACAAAUCCUCAAGGAAAUAUUCAGUAUCUUCGAUCCACAGAAAACCGGGGUUAUAUCGCAACACGAAUGGAUGCGCCUGUCCCGUGAGGGAAAGAAGCUACCAGACUUUGGUACGGGACCGGGACAUCAUGGUGACUUGGAAUAUGAAUAUGAAAUACACCAUUUUGAAAAAUACCACGGCGAUGGGGCAACGGAGGAAGACCUAACGCAUCCCGAAGAUAUCGAACAUUUUCGGCAACACGACCAUGCGGAAGAUGCUCAGAUUCGACUGGCAAACCUCCAAAAAAUGCCCAUUGUGGAGGCUAACAUUCCGGUCAAGUUCCUCAAGAGCCCCUCGGCAAGAUGA